AUGGAACGCUUCAGGAGCCUGCUCAGUGGCGGCAACCUGGGCUUGGGCGGCGCCGCCCCAGGAACUGACAACACAAAUCUUAUCGACAACUCAGAGACUGUCCACAUCUCGUCUUUGGCACUGCUGAAGAUGCUCCGGCAUGGUCGCGCUGGCGUGCCAAUGGAAGUUAUGGGUCUUAUGCUGGGGGAAUUUGUCGAUGACUUUACAGUCAAGGUUGUGGAUGUGUUUGCCAUGCCCCAGAGUGGUACUGGUGUCAGUGUAGAGGCCGUUGACCCAGUCUUUCAGAUGAAGAUGAUGGACAUGCUGCGGCAAACCGGCAGGCCUGAGUCCGUCGUGGGUUGGUAUCACUCACAUCCUGGCUUCGGCUGCUGGCUGUCGUCCGUUGAUAUCAAUACCCAACAGAGCUUUGAGCAGCUUACCCCCCGCGCCGUUGCCGUCGUUAUUGAUCCAAUCCAAUCAGUCAAGGGCAAGGUCGUCAUUGACGCCUUCCGUCUCAUCAAUCCACAGUCUCUGAUGAUGGGUCAGGAACCCCGUCAGAGCACGUCCAACCUCGGCCACCUCAACAAGCCGUCCAUCCAGGCCCUUAUUCACGGCCUCAACCGGCACUACUACUCGAUUGCCAUUAACUACCGGAAAACGGCACUAGAGGAGAACAUGCUCAUGAAUCUGCACAAGCAUGAGUGGACUGAAGCUUUGCAGAUGGAGGACUUCCGGGCUGAGGCGCAGCGGACGAAGGAGCGUUUGCAGCGUCUUGUCAGUCUAGCAGAGGGCUACGAGAAGAGAGUCAAGGAGGAGACAGAGCUUACCAAGGAGCAAUUAAAGACACGCUACGUUGGCAAACUGGAUCCCAAGAAGCACCUCCAAGACGUUGGCCAACAGCUUAUCGAAGACAAUAUCGUUGCUGUGUCAAGGCAGAUGAUUGAUAAAGAAGCUACAAUGGCCAAAAAGGAGGUACCUGCGGGUGCCAAUGGCCAAUUCGCAGAGGAUGAGAUGGAGGUUGAUGAAGAACUCUAA